CCAGCGCCGACUUCCCCCAUCCACCGCUCCAGCCCCUCCGAACGCCCGGCGCCGAUUGCCCCCAUCCUCCGACGCUGCUCCCGGCCUCUGCCGACUGUGCCCAUCCUCCAUUCCUCCGCUGCCGCUCCCGGCCCCCGGCGCACCUGGCCGACGCCCGCCUCACUCCGACCGGUCGCCUCCGCCCCCACCAGCCGUUGCCGCCAUCUCCGUCGCCCAUGUCGGACGCCACCGAGGGAGCCAGUGCGACGUCGGGGAUGAACGAGCAGUAGCAGAAGAAGGAGGCCCGCGACGACGGCUACGACGAGAAGCGGUGCAAGAGGACCGUCGACCACUCGGCCCGUCGCGCCGCCCUCGACCCGGGCGACAUCUCCUUCCCGAUCAAAUCUGCCAAAGCGUACCUCCGCAUGAACCAGUACAAGCAGUGCGCGAGGCGCUGUGACGAGGCGGUGGAGAGGGGGCAGGGAGCUCCGGGCAGAGAGAAGGCUGGUCGUUAGGGCGCUCUUCUGGAAGGGGUCAGCGCUGCUUAAGCUCGGCGGCCACGCUUCGGAUUACAAGCCGGCGAUCAAGGUGCUGCAGUAGUCGUUGGAUGAGCAGUACACCAAGGCUGUGAAUGUUAAGCCAGAGAGCUCCAGGAGGAAGAAGGUGGAGGAGCUGGACAAGGAAGCUGCCAAGACCACUGAGACAAAGCCCAUCUGACCAAAAAUUAUACGAAGGAAGAAAGAGAGAGGAGAGGAGAGGAGAGAGACUGAGAGAGAUGGCCGGAGGUGUCAUCGUUGCCAGCGACGGCCCUGCCGCCACGGACCACGGCGGACGGCUGACGUUCUCGGUGAUCAUCACCUCCCUCGUGGCGGCCUCCGGCGGCCUCAUCUUCGGCUACGACGUCGGCAUCUCAGGCGGCGUCUCGUCGAUGGAGCCAUUCCUGCGGCGGUUCUUCCCGGGCGUGCUCAGGAGGAUGGCGGAGGCGAGGCCCGGGAACGAGUACUGCGUCUACGACAGCCAGGCGCUGACGGCGUUCACGUCGUCGCUGUACGUCGCCGGGCUGGUGGCGUCGCUCGUGGCCAGCCGCGUCACCAGGGCGGUGGGGCGGCAGGCCGUCAUGGUCAUGGGCGGCGCGCUCUUCUUCGCCGGCGGCGCCGUGACCGGCGCCGCCGUGAACAUCGCCAUGCUCAUCGUCGGCCGCAUGCUGCUCGGCUUUGGCGUCGGCUUCACCAACCAGGCCGCUCCGCUGUUCCUCGCCGAGAUGGCCCCGCCGCGGUGGCGCGGCUCGCUCACCGCAGGGUUCCAGUUCUUCCUCGCCGUCGGCGUCGUCAUCGCCACCGUCACCAACUACUUCGCGUCGCGCGUCCCCUGGGGCUGGCGCCUCUCCCUCGGCCUCGCGGGCGCCCCGGCCGUCGUCAUCUUCCUGGGCGCGCUCUGCCUCACGGACACGCCCAGCAGCCUCGUCAUGCGCGGCGACACGGCCCGCGCCCGCGCCGCGCUCCUCCGGGUGCGCGGGCGGGCCGCCGACGUCGAGGCCGAGCUCAAGGGCAUCGUUCGUUCCGUGGAGAUCGCGCGGCAGGGCGAGGACGGGGCGUUCCGACGGAUGGCGGUGAGGCGGGAGUACCGCCCUUACCUGGUGUUCGCCGUGGCCAUCCCCAUGUUCUUCCAGCUCACCGGCGUCAUCGUGAUCUCCUUCUUCUCCCCGCUGGUGUUCCGCACCAUCGGGUUCGGCAGCAACGCCGCGCUGAUGGGCAACGUCAUCCUCGGCGCCGUCAACCUGGGCUGCCUCAUGCUCUCCACCCUCGUCAUCGACCGGUUCGGCCGCAAGGUGCUCUUCAUGAUCGGCGGCGUCGUCAUGAUCAUCGCCCAGGUUGGGGUGGCAUGGAUCAUGGGGGCGCAAGUGGGGAAGAACGGGUCGGCGGCGAUGGCGAGGCCGUACGCGGUGGCGGUGGUGGUGUUCACGUGCCUGCACACGGCCGGGUUCGGGUGGUCGUGGGGGCCGCUGGGGUGGGUGGUGCCGGGGGAGAUAUUCCCGGUGGACAUCCGGUCGGCGGGGCAGGCGAUGAACGUGUCCAUCGGCCUCGGCCUCACCUUCGUCCAGACGCAGUCGUUCCUCGCCAUGCUCUGCCGCUUCAGGUUCGCCACCUUCGCCUACUACGCCGCGUGGGUCGCCGUCAUGACCGUCUUCGUCGCCGUCUUCCUGCCGGAGACCAAGGGCGUGCCGCUCGAGUCCAUGCCCACCGUCUGGGCGCGCCACUGGUACUGGAAGCGGUUCGCGCCGGAGCAAGCGAAGAGCCCCGACGCACCGACGACGACGACGACGACUACUGCUGGCUAAGCUGACUUCCGGAGAUCCAUGUGUUCACAAAUGUGUAAACGCUUGCGAUGGUCUGUCAAUUGUUGUACAUCUCCUGAAAAUAAACUAAGAUGAAUAAACCCUAAAAUUAACUUCAAAUUUAAGGUGAAAAAUUCAAAUUUUGAUUUAUAACUUAUAAGUAUAAACAAAAACGAAAAAAAAAGAGUGUACUUAUCAACUCGUUUCAAUCAAAAUACAUGGAUUUCAAUAGCAAUCAGAAUUCAGGCGGGUUUUUUAGAGCAUUUGUGAGUGAGUUCGAAUAUUGGCGGCUCCGAUCCUGGAUGACUCGUCUUUUCAAAUCUGAAGCCGAAGAUCACCAUUUGUACAGUACGCGAGAGGGAAGGCGACGGACCGGCGCAAGGGAUGGGGGAGUUGAGGCCGAUUGCAAUUUGUGUGGGCCGUAGUGUGUUAUUGGGCCGAAAAUUUCGUACGCGGGCCGUAGCCC